AUGUCAGGGACGUCUUCCAUCUCAGACGACGACAUGUCAUCCUUCAGCGGUCAUGAAGAUUACGAUUACGAAACAGACUGCACGACACCUGCUCCAUCAUGUUCUGGAGAGCACAUCGAGAAUGAAGAGGUCGAGAGCUUCAGAGCACGAGAGUACCCUCAACUCGCUGGUAAAAUCUAUCUUGAUCAUGGAGGAUCAACACUCUAUGCCAAGUCAAUGGUCGAAGACUUCUCUAGAGACUUAAUAACAAAUCUAUAUGGUAAUCCACACUCGGAUUCCACACCAUCGGCCAUCGCCGGUCACCGGAUAGACGCCAUUCGUGAGAAGGCCCUUCGUUUCUUCAAAGCCGAUCCAGAGAAGUGGGACUUGGUUUUCGUCGCGAAUACCACAGCCGCCAUCAAGCUCACUAUCGAGUGUAUCAAAGAUCACGCCAGUUCUACACAUAGGCAACUAUGGUAUGGCUACCAUCGAGAUGCUCAUACUAGUCUCGUUGGAAUUCGCGAGCUCACAACAACAAAUCGGUGCUUCGCCAGCGAUGAUGAGGUAGAAAAGUGGAUGGAGUGCGGCGGCGCUGGUGGUCCUCUGCCUCGCCAAUUAGGUCUCUUCGCUUAUCCCGGCCAAUCAAACAUGACCGGUCGUCGUCUUCCUCUUGCAUGGCCUGGUAUGAUCAGAAAGAAAGUCUUACGAGCAAAUACCUAUACCCUUCUUGAUGCUGCUGCUCUUGCCAGCACAGCUCAAUUGGACUUGAGCAAUACUCAUGAAAGUCCUGACUUCGUAGCUCUCAGCUUCUACAAGAUCUUUGGCUUUCCCAAUGUUGGAGCCUUGCUGGUGCAAAAGUCUUCGUCCCAUGUUCUUACAAGUCGCAAAUACUUUGGAGGCGGUACAGUCGAUAUGGUUGUGACCAUCAACGACACCUGGCAUGCAAGGAAGACCGCCAGCACCCAUGACGCGCUUGAGGAUGGUACUUUGCCUUUCCACUCGAUCUUUGCUUUGGACCAUGCCAUCAACGUUCACGAACGCCUUUAUGGACUCGAGCCCAUGAAAUUCAUCUCACGCCACACAGCGCAGCUGUCAAGGCAACUCUACGACAACCUCUGCAAUCUACGACACCGAAAUGGCAAACCUGUGAUUCGUAUCUACAAAGAGCCUUCUACCGUUUACGGCGACAGCAAGACUCAAGGCGCCACCAUCGCCUUCAAUGUGUUGAAGUCUGACGGCUCGCUUAUUCCUUACACCGAGGUCGAAAAGUCUGCCAAUGGCCACAGCAUUUAUAUCCGCAGCGGCUCUCUCUGUAAUCCUGGUGGCAUGGCAACCUACCUCAACUGGACACCAGCAGAGAUGAAAGCAGCAUUUGCAUCCGGCCACCGCUGCAGCAGUCCCACUGAGAUCGUGGAUGGAAAAGCCACAGGUGUUGUCCGUGUAUCUCUUGGUGGCAUGUCCACAGCCUCCGACAUCAGAGCUUUGAUCUCUUUCCUUCGUGCUUCAUACGUGGACACCACAACACCGAAAACUACAUCUCUUGCUAAGCAACCUUUGUCGCUUCAACGAGCUUCCUUCAUCAAGAUACAGAUCCCUGAGGAGAGAGAGAUGGAUGCUGUGGUCGGAGCAACAGCACCUGCCAUCCGUCCACCUCCUUGUGGUCCUCCUCCUGCAGUCCGCAACCGUCUUCGCAAGUCCAUGGACUUUAGUUUUGGACCAUCGCCUGGCUCUUCUGUCACUUCUAUCUCUUCCGCUGGUCUCCCUCGAUCCCAAUCCUCCAACCUUGUUGGCUUGAGACCGAAGCCGAACAUCAGUAGACGCAGAAGUCUGCUCAGUGGUUCGGCUUCGAAGCCUGCAGCGGGCAAAUGGGACAACUUUUGGAAGGAAGAAACCACUGCACUUGUUGCCGCUGGAGCUGUGGAAAGCGAAGUCAGACCAAUCGCGUCAUUGACGGAUACCAAGAAGAAAGAGAAGGAGAAAGAAAAGAGUGGAUUCAGAAAGGUCGCCAGGGCUUUGACUCUGUCCAGACGACAUGACUGA